UCUCCAGAUGUCACCAGAAGUUUGAUUAUCACCAGUCCUGACCACAUGAUUGAAAAGGCCAAAGGGGAAACUGCCUAUUUGCCCUGCAAAUUUACUCAAGGUCCGGAAGACCAGGGACCGCUGGACAUCGAGUGGCUGCUGUCCCCAGCCGAUAAUCAGAAGGUGGAUCAAGUGAUUAUUUUAUAUUCUGGAGACAAAAUUUACGAUGACUACUAUCCAGAUCUAAAAGGACGAGUACAUUUUACCAGUAGUGACCUCAAAUCCGGGGAUGCGUCAAUAAAUGUAACAAAUUUACAGCUGUCAGAUAUUGGCACAUAUCAGUGCAAAGUGAAAAAAGCCCCUGGCGUUGGAAAUAAGAAGAUUCAGCUGAAAGUUCUUGUUAAGCCUUCGGGUACAAGAUGUUACGUGGAUGGAUCAGAAGAAAUUGGAAAUGACUUUAAACUAAAAUGUGAACCCAAGGAAGGUUCACUUCCAUUACAAUAUGAAUGGCAGAAAUUGUCCAACUCACAGAAGCUGCCCACAGCACUGGUGUCAGAAAUGACUUCCUCUGUUAUCACUGUAAAAAAUGCCACCACUGAGUACUCCGGGACGUACAAGUGCACAGUCAGCAACAGAGUGGGCUCUGACCAGUGCCAGCUGCGCCUGGAUGUUGUUCCUCCAUCAAACAGAGCUGGAACAAUUGCAGGAGCUAUUAUAGGAACUCUGCUUGCUCUCAUGCUCAUCUGCGUGAUCAUCUUUUGCUGCCAUAAAAAGCGCCGAGAAGAAAAAUAUGAAAAGGAAGUUCAUCAUGAUAUCAGGGAAGACGUGCCUCCCCCCAAGAGCCGGACGUCCACAGCCAGAAGCUACAUCGGCAGCAAUCACUCAUCCCUGGGAUCCAUGUCUCCUUCCAACAUGGAGGGCUAUUCCAAGACUCAGUAUAACCAAGUACCAAGUGAAGAUUUUGAACGCGCUCCUCAGAGUCCGACUCUCCCGCCCGCUAAGUUCAAGUACACUUACAAGACUGAUGGCAUUACAGUGGUGUAAAUAUGAAGGACUGCUGAAGAAUCUGAAGUACUGUUCGAUUUGACUUUAUUUCAGACCUCUAGUAAAGACUUUAACAUGUUGCAAAAUGGGCACAGAAAUUGAGUGGCUGAAAGGACAUUUCUGCUUUAUGCACUGGCAUUACGAACAUAAGUCAAAUGUCCUAUCAAAAUUAGUACAGGCCAGCCCUGACCAAUGUCACUCAGUUGGAGCAUUGUCCCGUGCACCAAAAUGUGGUGGGUUCUAUUCCCGGUCAGGUUGCAUACGCAGGUUGCAGGUUCAAUCCUGGUAAAGGAGGCAACUGAUGAAUAUUCCUUUCCCCACCCUCAUCCCCCCUCCCCUCUAAAAAGGGGAAAAAAGCCCCAAAACAUUAGUAUAGGCCAAAUCCUUGGGUAAGAAAGUCCUAUGUAUAGUGACUUUAAUAAUUUGAAAGAUGUUUUAUUAUGUUUAUAUUUUCAAUGAGCUACUACUAACAAAUUUUAUUCUUUCAUAUGCAUAUUUUGACACUGCAGACUUUGGGAAAAGUAUGGUUUUUAAAAGUUGAUUUUUAAAGGAAAAUUAAAAAUUAGUUUUUUCUUUGCUAAAUAUUUAAUUAAACAGUGAAGUGAAACAUGC